GUGACCCCACCCCUUCCUUUCCCUCAACCCCUGGGCGUUCUUCCUCUUGGUAUGCUCCAAGAUGGCAGCCCCCAUAGCGAGGCGCUGGUUUCUUCUGGCGCGGAGAGUGCCUCUGCCUCCAAUCUCCCUGGCAGGUAAAAGAUGCCUCCUUUCUGCAGCAUAUGUGGACAGCCACAAAUGGGAAGCAAGAGAAAAAGAACAUUGUCACCUUGCUGAUCUAGCAUCUUUAAUGGAUAAAACAUAUGAGAGAAAGCUGCCUGUUAGUUCUUUAACAAUAUCACGGUUUGUGGACAACAUUUCAUCUAGAGAAGAGAUAGACCAUGCAGAGUAUUACCUUUACAAAUUUCGACACAGCCCCAAUUGUUGGUACCUGAGAGACUGGACUAUCCACACCUGGAUUAGGCAGUGUUUAAAAUACGGUGCACAAGACAAAGCCUUAUAUACUCUUGUAAAUAAGGUCCAAUAUGGAAUUUUUCCAGAUAACUUUACAUUCAAUUUACUGAUGGAUUCUUUCAUAACAAAAGAAAAUUACAAAGAUGCUUUAUCCGUGGUUUUCGAGAUCAUGCUGCAAGAAGCCUUUGAAGUGCCUUCUACUCAGCUUCUGUCCUUCUAUGUUUUAUACCAUUGCCUGGCCAAGAAGACAGACUUCAGUUGGGAAGAGGAGAGGAAUUUUGGUGCAUCGCUAUUACUCCCAGGCCUAAAGCAAAAGAACUCAGUGGGGUUGAGUUCCCAGUUGUAUGGCUAUGCACUUCUUGGGAAGGUGGAGUUGCAGCGAGGGCUCCGGGCUGUGUACCAUAACAUGCCUCUGCUGUGGCAACCCGGCUACCUCAACAGAGCCCUUCAAGUGAUGGAGAAGGUGGCCUCGUCCCCAGAGGACGGGAAGCUGUGUGCAGAAGCGCUGGAUGUGCUAGACAGAACGCUGAAGGCUGUGACUGCUCCAGCCUGUGGGUCUUCAGAGGCACAGCCCCAAGAAGAAGACGGCCAGGGCUCAGAAGAACUGGUGGAGCAGUUGGACGUGGAGGAAACUGAACAGUCCAAGCUUCCCCAAUACCUGGAACGAUUUAAGGACUUACAUUCUAAGCUUGAGGCUUUGGGCAAAGUUGAAUCAGAAAGUCCUUUGACUCUGACCAUCCAGCUUGUCAAGGAACAGCUCCCCACCUUUGAAGCAGAGGAUAUCGCAACCUAUGAGCAGAAGCUGCAGCAAUGGCAUCUGGAACGGGUACACUUGAUUCAGAGGGAACAGGAGCAGAGGGAGAAGGCAAAGCAGGAGCAUGAGGCCCGGAGGGCAGCAAAGGCAUCUGCCUAACAGGCCCUCAGGCCCCCAGACCCCACAGAGGAACUUCACUAGGCCCCGUCCUAGGAUUCUUGCUGACCAUGAUGGCAGCCUCAGCUUCCUCUGCCUGUCGUCUCCUUUUCCUCAAGCAGGCUGCUUGUGACAGAAAGCCACAGUGUUCAACAUAUUAAGGCACUGUGACUUCCCAUCAGAUGCCUAGGAGGGCUGCUGAGCUCUGAGUGGCAGGUGAUCAGACUGAAGCCCCAGCUAAACACCUUAAAAAGGUGCUAUCAAGGCUUAUGGUGGGGUUUCCGGGGUCAGGUAUCAGUGUUGAACAUUGAAAGUCCCUGAUACAUAGCAGUGGUGGAGGGAGAGGCCGUGUUUGAACAGCCUGGUCUUGAGCACAGGCUUCUGAGUGGCCUCUCUCCCCAGCAGGCAAACUGCACGUCCUGAGGCCUCCUCCCACUCCGUGUCCUCCCAGCCUGAGCUGGGUGUGGGGCACCCACACAUCUCACUUUCUCCCUCCCCCAUGUCUCUGCUCUGCAGACCUAAACUGGGAAGAAAUUGAGGACAGGAAUGAACAUGACACCAUGAACCCACUGGCUUUCAAAUUUCAGGCACCCACAGUAACAUUUUUAGAAUGGAAGCGUUUUUGAGGAGAAAGAUAACUCUAGCUCUGAAGCCUCCUGAGCUUGGCUUCUCCAUCACGUUUGGGUAACUUCUUUCCAAAGCAUUGUCUCAGCUCCUUCCUCAAGGAGGUAAAGUGAGCCUUUUGUGUCCAUGCAUGCACACAUGUGCAACUUGUGAACACACAUUGCCGUUGGAGAAAUAGGAGAAAACGAGAGGCAGGAUGGGGCUUGUAGUGCAUAGGAGACAUUAACUGUGAACCUCCCAGGGAGUGGAAAUUCCUUCCUGAAGUUUCUCUGUGAAAGGGGUCAGGGGCAGCUCCUGCUUGCUGUAUACAUUUGCCUGUAAGUACAGUGGUAUACUUUUAUUCAAGGUCGUGCUCUUUUAAUCAAGAACCUGUGGAAAUAAAUGUUCUGGGAUUAUUUUGGUAUAUUCUUUAUCUUUGUGGGAAGGGAGGGAGAGAGGAAGUCACACCAUCAGCAUGGUGAUUCUGAUUGUGAACAACAAAUUUUUAACCUUUCGUCUCCAUCAGACUUUGCACCACACCCGGUAACAUUUUUUGAGAACUAACUGUGCUGACACCUCAAGCAGCCCUGUGACGGAGGCCGGAGCAAUCCCAUUCUUGAAUGAGGAAACUGGCUGGCACUGCUGCCCACCCUGUGUGUUACGUCCAUCCAUACCUGCAGGCCAUGUCCAACGCAGGGUCUUGUGGGUGGGCAAAGCUGAGUCGUACCUAGGUAGAAGGUCAUGACCAAAAGUCACUUGUGACAUUUUAGUUGAUCAGGGGCUGGGCUUUUUCAGCCACUCCCUUAUAUCCAGAGGAAGUUUCAAGAUAAAUCAGAAGGCCCCUUUGCUCAGUAAAUUACUGACCAUCACGGCCUGAAGCAUGUUGUUAAUACUUCAGCUCAUAAUUUGGCCUUCUGUUUCCUCCCCAUCUGUCCCUGUCACACUUGAUUUCCAGUAUUACCAGAGUGGGGAGCAUGAAAACUGCUGAGCAGCAGCGAAAUGCCCUACUCUCCUCUCGGGCUCUGUUGCCUUGGCACCAGACUUUGCAUUUUGUUUUCAUACCUCGUAGCUGGCCGUGGAUAUCAGAUACGUGCGUGGUAUUUUUGUUGUAGGUUUUACAUGCAGUCAAAGGCCCCCAAAAUUUGUUUAUUAAAGUCAUUUUUUCACUGUGAAUCAAAUAGCAUCUAGUGAGUAAAUGCUGCUAAACAUCGUACGAUGCAAUAGGACAGCCCCAGUGGCAGAGAAGUAUCUGGUCCAAAAUGUCGGUAGUGCCCUGAGGUCAGAAGCCAUGGCCUAGGGUGUGUGAGCAGGGCAUCCACGGGCACGUGUGUACAAAUGGCUCAUUUACAAAUGGCAUUUCUCAAGCUAAAAAAAAUAAUUAACAUAUCUAUUUUAAUAUUUAACUAAUAAAAUAAUGAGUUUCUUAUCUAAAUGAGUAUAAAAUACGCAGUAAUAUAGGGUGGGCCAUUAUUCUUCCUAAACAGAGUCUAUUAUGGAAAAGAGUAAAUGAUGAUUUAUAUGAUUUUGCUGUAUGGCAAUAUAUAACUGGGGAUCUGCAGUGAUGUGGCCUAUGAGUCAGUGGGACUCAACACCAUUGCACCCAGUAACCUUGCUGGGAGUGCAUGGUGAGGAAGGGAUGAAGUUUGAAAUGGGCUCAGAGAGCUUUGGCUAUAGUGAAUCAUAAAAGCAGAAAAUGUGGUGUGAUGGUAUUUUCAUUAAAUGGUAAUUAAUCGUCAGAGCUGAGUUUUUCAAAUGCUGACAAUGAUAAAUUUUUUACUUUACUUAUAAAAUCUUACCUUAGAAAAUGGGGAAUGCUUUUCAACGUCAUUAUGCCAGGGAAAUUGCCUUUUAUUCUAAGUAACAGCUUCUUAGCUUGAAAAUAACCUUUCCUUUCCCCCAUUGAGUGGGCCUUUUUGUUGACAUUGCACACUGCCAUGAGGAUGCUAUUAUGGUAUGGUGUCAAGGAAGUCCAAAAAAGAUAGUAGCAAUGCCCCUGAGAUCGUGGCGGUUACCACUGGGAUCUUUGUUUAAUACUCUUAGGCUGUUUACUCUUAGGCUGUGUUUAUUAUAUAUGAAUGUUAGGGAUUCCAGAUCUGAGCUGGACAUGUUCAGAAAACAAAGUUUAUUCUUGUAAGAAGCAUCUGAAAAUAAAUUCCAUGUUAGGAUUUAAAUGCUAGAUCAAGGACUACAGGGAAGAUUUAUAAAGGAUUUCUAAGAAGUACAUUCUCUGAUGGACCCAGUGAUAAGAGAAUGUCACUUGCUUCUUUGGUUUCCACGAUCCUUCAUCUCUGCAGAGUGCAAAAUUCUAAUCUUUAAAAUACCCUCCCUGGUUAAUAUGCCUAAAAUAGUAUGUGGAGUAAAACCAGUGCCCGUUAAAAUCUUCCUCCAAUAACCGUAUGCUGGGCUGCUUUAGGAUGUCUGUGUUUCCUAGGCUCUGGCUUAUUGUUGCACCCAUCUUGACUACAAAAAUUACAUUCAACAACUCCUCUUUGUGAAUGCCCCUUUCUACCUAAUUUAAUUCCACCUACUUACAACAGCCUAGCAGGGCAGGGAUUAUUACCCUCAUUUUGCAGAGGAGAAAACUGAGGCUCGUAUGACUUGCCCAGGCCCACACAACUAGUAAGUGGGUUCACAGUGCUUGAACCAAAAUUUGUCCGAUUCCAAACCCACUUUCCAACAAUCACAGCAUAUAACCACUGUGCCAGUCUGAGACUAAGUACAUUCAUUCAUUCAACAAAUAUUUAUUGAAUACCUAUUAUGUGUCGGGCAGUAUUAAGAUAGUCACUGAGGAUACAGCAAGGAACAAAGUAGACCAAGAUCCCUUCCUUCAUGGCACAUACAUUCUAUGGAAGGCAACAGUUAAUCCAUAAGUACAUAAUAAUGUCAUGUGGUAAUACGUGGCAGAGAGACAAAGCAAGGAAAGGAAGGGAACACUGGGUAGGGAAGGCCUUCCUGAGAAGAUGACUGUUGAAGAAAGAUCCAUGGGGGUGAGGGUGAGAAUCAUGGUGUUACCUGUGGAAAGGCGCAGCAGACAGAGGAACCAGAGCCCAGAUGGAAGCCCGCCUAGAGUGCCAGACAACUGGCAAGGAGGUCGGUGUGGCUGGAGUGGAAAGUGUAAGGUGGACAGGAGCUGGAGAAGAGGCCAGAGAGAUGGGUAAGGGAAGGGACAGAUGGUAUAAGUCUUCCUGGCCCAUUAGGAAGGGUGCUGGCCUUCACUCUGAGAUGACUCAUCUGAAGGAUCCAGUGGCAUGCUCUGAUGUCACAUUUUCAGAGGGUUUGCUGGUCUAGCUGCUUUAUGGUGAGUGAAUGCAGAGACAGGAGGAUCAGCUAGGAGGCUACUGCAGUAAUCCAGGAGAGAAAUGGCAGGCUUAGACAAAGGUAGUUACAGUAAUGUGAGGAGAAGGGGUAGGACUGGGUGAAUUUGGAAAGUAGAAUCCACAGACUCGCCUGAGAUUUUUUAUCUGAGCAACGUGGAGUAAUGUCUUUGCCAUUUCCUGAGGUGGAAUAGCCUAGGGAGAGAAGGAGUUUGGGGAAAUUAGGGAUUUGUUUGGGGGCAUGUUAAAUUUGAUUUGGGUUAUUUUAAAUGUCCUUAUUGGCCAUUCACACGGGGCUCUUAAUUGACAGAUGGAUAUGAGUUUGGAGACCAAAGAGGUACAAACUGGAGAUACAAACUGUAAAAGUCAUCAGCUUACAUGUGGCAUUCAAAUCCAUGAGACUGCAUUACAGUGACAUGCAGUUUGGGUUUGACUGAGGAGAGUCUGAGCCACAAAAUGGAGCAGUGCCUGUUUUUUAUGGUGAGAUCACCCCAGGAAGCAGGCGUCAUUAUGAUGCUGCAUCAUCUGUGAAAACACUGCCAGGUACCCCCCCCCCCCCGAGAAAUACCCAGAAGAACUGCUCAUAUUAAAGGAACCUGGGGUGACCAAAAGUCAAUCUGCAUAUGUGACUCCAAUAGAUUUUUCAAGAUGCACAGGAUAAGAUCAAAGAGGAAAUGGUGAUCUGGGAUUAUGCAAGAGUCCAAGAAAUCAAGAGUGAGGAGUUUAUUGAAAGAUCAUUGUAAGGACACAGAGAAACCUUUGGAAUUUGCACUAUAAUUAUAAAGAGAGAGAAGGUGGAGUCAGUACCUUACCAGACCUUUGCUGAUUUGCCUGGAAGACCAGAAAAAAACUGAAGGAAGCUACUACAUCCAAUGUCUAGAAAAGGACCAGCUGGAAGGGCAUUAACUUUCUCCAUCCCUGCUGUGCCUGAGUCUGGAGGGAGUGGGAUAUAAACACACAGAGAGUGUUGGGGAGUGUGAACAACGGUUGGGGGGUUCCCUGGGACUGCCGCCUUCCUGAGACGCAGGACUUGCAGUGCCCAAACUAGGGCAGACCUGGGCUAACCCACAUGGUCCCGCACCCUAGGAUCUGGCCAGACACUUCCUGGAACUGAAUAGUUGGGCAGUGGAAUAGAAAAUAACUAUGUUUAGUAUGACCGAUGUAAUUAAAACCUCUUGAUGAUGAUUUUCCAUCCUGAGUUCUCACCUGCUUAACCCUUGAACUUCUGGAGGCAUUUCCGAGUUCCUUCUUCCAAACAGCAACUUCUAAUGGGGCCAGUCAGUAAAGCCCCGUAGUUUUUUGGAGACACAAUAUUAAGAUCAAAAGGAGUGUAUGUAACAAAGGGACGUCGUUAUGACUCAGGACAGGAUGCUAUAGCCUUUUGAGUCCAAAGGAUCAUCUCUGAAGACAGGACCGUGUCCUGGAGAUCUCUGCUGAGCAUUCAUGGGCAUAUUUUCUCUGGCCACAUGGAGGAAAUGGAGAUGCCAAGGCCUCCUACUCUAUACUCUGCCGAUGUGAGCUGAGUGAGCUGCCCAACAUAACUGCUCCUGCUCCUUUGUGUGAGCUGUUGCCUCUGUCUAGAAUGUGCUGUCACAUGCGCACACACCCAUGCACGCACACUCCAGGUCUCAGCUUAGACAUCACUUCUGGUGCUCCUCCUAUGUCACCAAGGCGCACCCUUGAAUUUCAGAAGCCUGUCACUCCAGUCAGUUUAGGGCAGCACUUACGUUUUAUCCCCACAGUAUUACCCACCACUGGGUAGAGUGAAGGUACAAUGAUCAUUUGAAUGACUAAGAGGAAUUCCUUCUUUUUUCAGAUACCCUUUGUUAUUUAUAAUCCUUUUCCUAAACAGCUUUUAGUUCUUGGGUGUCAGUCAAAUCCACAGAGUAUUAUGUUAGUUAUAUAAGCCUAUUCUGUAACUGAACAAGAAAGCAAGAGGGAGAUAAGGUAUUGGAUGUAAUUACUGAAUAUGAUGGCUUUGUAGAGCCCCAGAAAGUCAGUCGCGGGAGGGAUUUAUCCAGUUUGACCAUCCUGUCAAAUCCUCUCAUUUUACAGGUAAGUAAAGGAACUUCUGACAGAUAAAGUGACUGAGGUCAGGCCGCUGGCUGUGGCAGAGUUAAGAUCAAAACCUGCUUUUUGCUUUGUAUAGGAAGCCCUCCCAAUAACCCCUUCAUCUACACUGGUCUAUUUACUUGUUCUUCUUAAGCAGUAAUGGUAAUUAUCUUUUUCCUUCACCUCCCAUUUUCUGUCCUUAGGCCCCAACAUUCUCUAGGGGUUGGUUAGAAAAGGGAACGAUGUUAGCAGUUACUGAAAUGGUAGCAAGGCCCUCUCUGCAAUUUGCCAAAAGCCAGGGGGCCGCUGAAAAGACAAUCAGCCCUCAUGAAUGAAUGUGCCCCCCCCCGCCCUCCCCCCCCCCCCUACUGUGGGUGGCAAAUCCCAACUGAUGAGCCCGACUCAGGACACAAAAGACAGCACAGCACACACAUGAACUUUUGCCACUUUUGUAUUUUAUUGUGGAACUGAGUUUUUUUUUUUCUUUUACAUCAAAUAUCCUCAAUGGAAGAGGGGAUAUUGCACACAAAUAUCAUAAAAGCACUACAUAUUACUUUCACUGAAAACUAAUUUUCUACAUUAGAUAUGACUGGAUAGGAUAGAAGUGAUGCAGGAUUAUAAGACAUAAUACCAUACACAGCUGCAGACUGACACAAACACCAUUCAGAACAAGAGAGAGGAGUGGAGGUGCUUCUCAGCCAGGCUCAAGACUUUCCGGGGCCGGAAAGAGGGCUGCGUACAGCGUGGGUAAGCAGGACUCUGAACGGCUGCUGCAUGGUGUUCUUGAAAGGGCAGCCCGGUCUUGAUGCCUCAUCUUGAUGGCUCCCAUUUGGGGAGCUCCAAACCAGUGCAGAGAAGCUACUUAUUUUUUCCCUUCCUUUUCAGUUUUUGAUGCUGCCUUUUAAAUUAAUAAAGUCAGAUUCUUAAAAUAGUAAAUAGUUUGAAUACCAGGUGAAUAACCUAAUUGCUUUCAAAGAAAUGCUCGUCCCUAGGCUGCUUUUGGUGUGUUGUUCAGUUGGUUAGAAGAUAAAAGCUUACAGUUCCUUUCAAAUGGAAACAAAUCUUCUAAAUCUGAAGCACACAAAAAAUAAAAAAAUAAAAUUAAAAAAAACAGAAGAAACAACUUAUUAAUCUAACUCACAAUAUCAUUACCGAGCAAGAACCUCCUGUGACAGGUGACUAAAGAGGCAAGAAAAGCAAUUUCAGAAUUAUAGAGCAGCUCCUGAGAGCUGAAAUUUGGUAACAGAAAAUGGAAGGUGGUAGAAUUUUCAUUAGCAAAUGACUGAAUCUUAUUAAAUGAGUAUUGAAAAGCUCCUAAACUGCAUAAGCUAUUGGAGACACUUAAAACAUUCAUAUACACUGGGGAAACCAUUCACUAGGAUAUGUAAGGUUUAAAAAAAAAUUUUUUUUUUGAACUUCAUGGAAAAUGGCUUUGGGGGGGGGGGGGGGUCAGUCAUUGUAUCCAGUCCCACCACAAGACUGAGAAAGCAUGCACGGGGAUUGGGUUUUGAGAAAGGGGAUAGAAUUCAUUAAAAUUGGAAGUGGAGGAUCAUCUCUAACAUUUAGUCUCUGUAGAAUUUUGCUUAAGAAUACUACCAAAAAGUUCAUGAUCAUGAGUGUCCUCUUGAUGGAGUCUCAUCAUUUAAACAGAGUGUAAAUUCCUUUCACGCAAAUAUUCAAUCUGUACAAUUGGAUUAAAGAAUCAGUAUGAAUAAAGCUCCUAGAAGUCUGUGUCAAUCCUUAGCUCUCACCAUGAAUGUACAUGGUACAUUGUGAUGGGUGUUACUAAACUAAUUGUGUAUUUAUGGAACUAGCAAAAUUAGGUUAGUCACACAGGUAGGAAAGGUGUCUGGAAAGACAGGAGCAAACCUGCAAUGCACUUAAUUGAUUUUCCUGGUACACUCAAGCUCUGUGUUCAUCACCGAGAACAAUGGGUAGAAAAAGGUACUGAUCUAUUUCAUAGGAAAAAGAGCCAGCUGACCAGUGCCAGCUUUUGUAUAUUUUUCCCAUUAACUCCCAUAGCAAAAAAAAAAGAAAAAAAGAAGA